AUGGUUUCGAGUGGUUGUAUUAAUGAGUUAAGCCUGGUCAUAGCUCCCUGCCGUUGUGCUUUCAGAACAAUGUCGAGCUAUCGGCAACUCACCGCUCUUACUCUAGUUUCUGCUUCAAUCUUUUACGUUUGGUAUCGCUAUUGCAGAGCGAAUUCAAAAUCUUCUGUUCUUUUAUCAAUGGCUGGAACGGCUGUCACACGAAUGGCUCUUGGUUCACUUCUUUGCUGUGGUACAAAUCCGUUUCGCAAACGGAAAAAGGCAAAGGAAGCGAACACAGCUCCCUGUGUACAGUUUAAGGUUAAGCCAUCAAAUCAAAUGGAUCAGCAGUCUAACAGUUCUUCAUCAGAACCAAAUAUUAGACCUGAGACCGUGGCCUCUGUUCAAUCCGCUCCUCCAUUCCAGGAAGAAACAACUGCAUCAUCUGAAGAAAUCCAAUGCGCUAAUGUUGCUGAAGCCCAUGAAACAGUUUUAGAGGAAGAAAUUGUGAUGGCCGCCCAACAUCCCGUUUGUGCUAACACUAUCGUCACUUCAGAUGAACAAAUACCUUCAGGAACUUUGAAAGAGACCUCUCUAAAUGUACUUCAAGAAAAUUCAGGUUGUCGUGGUAAAUUGAUUUGCGAGGCAAAUGGAAAUCAUGUCCUGGUAGAAAAUUCCCUAUCCUCUCAUAUGAAGACUAAUUCAAUUACUAAUAUUGAGCAUGUAAUUGAACCCCUCGAUAAUUUUAACUUGUCUUCAAGCAAAGAGAAUGUUCGUAGUUGUAACGAAGAAUCAAUUUCAGCUGUUGCUGCAAGGCAAGCUGGUGCCAACUCUAACGGUAGCCCUUUGGCUUAUUUUGGUCAAGGAAUGUUGGGAAUACCCGAAUAUCAAAUUGAGGAGACUGAGCCGCAGUUGCAUGAUGGUGUUUUGCUCCCUCAAGUUCUUAUUCCUUCUGAUUUACCCAUAUUCGAUGAUCCAAAUAUAUACAAAACUAACUUCAUUAUUCCCAACACGAUGAGUGGAAUAAUAAUCGGAAAACAGGGCAAAAAUGUUAAUGCAUUGAAAGAGAAAUUCUUUGCAGAUAUCUCCAUUUCUCCUGCUCAGGUGGAUCAUAAUAAUAUAGUUUUGACUGUGAGUUGCCCUAUCACCUAUAAGGAUGAUGUGAUACAAUGGAUUUUGAAACGCAUUCGUACCAAACCUUCGAUGACUCCAAUCGGAAACCCAUACCAACUUCUGCGAACUACUCCGUUGGGAGAGCUAACACGUGUAUUCAUUCGGUCUUCGUAUUCACGAAAGCAUCUGUUCGUCACAAUUGCGGACGAAUGUUACAAUAAAUUUCUGGAGAUGGAAAAAGAAAUAACUGCUGAUUAUACAAACAUGACUCAUACGCGACUGCAGCUCUACGACCCUGUUGUUGUGGGAACAAUAGCUGUCCUAAAAACUGGUGUCAUUUAUUCUAGGGUCUUCAUAAUGGACAUUGUUGAUGGUAAUCCAAAAUUGGCAGUAUGCUUCCUUCUCGACCAUGGUACAUUUACCGUUGCUCCCGUUGGCGAUUUGCGCAAAAUUAAAACACGUUAUAUGCAGGUUCCGUUUCAGGCAGUAUCAGUGAUGUGGGCCCAUGCUCAAUCCCCCUUUGUCGAUAUAUCAGAUGACAACUUCUUGAUGAGAUAUUUUAACAAUGACAGUCUCUAUGUCUUUCCUGUUAGAAAUGAGACUUGCUGUCGCUCGGACGGGAUCUUUUUUAACAGAAUUGAAGACCCGAAGCAGGGUUCUCAAUAUGUAUAUCAAGAUAUUCUCGUCCAGGCUGUGAAUGAGGGCUAUUGUCGCUUUGCUGGAAAGAUCGUUAACCUUGAUCAGCAAUUUGAGCUGAAUAGAAGUGAAAAAGCGUACUAUUUCUGUCCAUACUCGAGUGUGUAUGAGGGUUUGGUGUUUUAUCGAAUGUCUAAUGGUGAAGUUGUUAGGGCAUUGGAUGUUCCCGUACCUAAGCCCUUGCCUCAGCCUGAGAACCAACAAAAACACCAACAAGAUCAGCUCGUGGACAUGCAGAGACAACAAAGGCAGUCAGCUAAUCGACGCCAUAGGAAUGACCGAACUCCUAACGGUGGUGCAGUGGCAGCAGCGAAUGGAGGUGGUAAUAAUAGUAAUAACUCCCAAAAUGGUGGUAAUCGGGGCCAGGGUCGGGGCAAGUAUGUUCCUAAUGGCGUCUAUCGUCCAAAUAACGGAAAUCAACGGCAGUAG